AUGUUUAGUUACGACGUUAAGUUUAUAACUUAUGACGAGUCUUUGUACCUUAAAAGUGGAGACUUAAAAAGUUUUAAGUAUGAAAUAAAGAAACGGUUAGAAGAGACUGUAUAUGAUGCAGGUAAAAGGAAUUACUGUGAGCGCCGCGGCGGUUACUGGCGUGCACCAAAAUCUAGUCAACUUAGACAAUUAGAGACAACACUACGGGAUCGUAGUAUCGUAGCUUGUGAAUGGGUGAAUGACAUAUCAGCUACAUUAGUAUUUUCUUCGGGUCUCAUUGCUUAUGUCUCCCUAAAACCCAUUUCUUUGGAUGUAACUCAAGUACUGUUUGAUAGAUAUUGUGUAGGAAAACUUUCAGGACAAACUGUAACAGGAGUUGCUUUCUGUAAGACACAUCUUUUAUUCACACAUGCAGAAAGGACAGCAACAUUGUUUACCUUUGGAAAAAGCAUACACAGUACAAGUCACCCAUGUCGAUUAUCAGAUAGAGACCCACAUGUUCAGAGUCUAGAGCUUGGUGGUGCACGGAGAGCAGAAAGACGAGUAUCAUGGUGUGCAGAUAGCACUGGUGUCAAAGUUCUUCUGUGGAGUGCCGCUAAUGCUGAACCGGCUCCCUGGAGUCCUGUGUUAGAGGACCUUGCCAAUCUACAUUUGUAUCAUAUACAUGGGCAGCAAGUAAAUUUGAUAGCCUUUCACCACUUGGAGAAUGAAGUGUUAUGUGCAGAACUGUCACAAAGGAAUGAUAAUGCUGUGCAUAUUGUUGAACAAACUGCUGGUCACAAGAACGGAGUAACUUUAGAAUGGCAACGGUUUGACCUCUCACAGCUGGAAGCGAGGGUAACUCACCUGGCUUCACUGCGUGGGAGUUCAGUUCGUGUAUCAUUGCCGGCGCUAGUGCGUGUAGCUCGUCGAUCGCGUUGUAAUCAACGGCUGCUAACUGCGUGCAUUGAUGGCUCAUUGCAUAUCUUACAUUAUUUAUCAGGACUCACACAUUCAAUACGAGCUGGCUUUAUACCAACCGAUGUCCGGUGGGCUGGAGAACUUGUUGUUGCUGUGGAGGAAGCAGGACGGCUACAGUGCUUUGAUCGUGCCCUCUCACUUCUACACCACCACACUAAAUGCCUUGAUUUAGUUUCACAUUUUCGAGAUGCAAGACGGAUGCAAAUACUUGCGACUCGAGAUAUGAAAGGUGGACCGUUUAUCCUGGCACUUUUCUCGGGAGGGCCUUUGACUCUUCUGCACAUAACGCAUCCACGUCUUCUUACGGCAUGGAUAAGAGCAGAUCGUACAUCGAAUGCUGUUGCCCUGCUCCGUGCUAUGGACUGGGAAGAAGAGGGGAUAGAAUGCCUUCGGGCCAUGAGUGAUCUAGUGCAUGGUUCCCUACGGAAGCCUCAAGAAGUGUGUAGUUCUGGAAGUGAAAACCGCGGUGUGGGAAAUAUUGAAGCCGAGGCAACAGCGCAAGCAGCUUUGGGAGCAUUCUUAGCGCCCUCUGCACCACUGGGUCCCUCCGCACUCCGCUUUGCACCACCUGUACACGACCUGGCUAGGAAGUUCUUCCAUCAUUUACUCAGGCGUGGGCGCAUCGAGAAGGCCAUGAGCUUGGGCGUGGACCUGGCGGCCUGGGACCUGUUCGCGGACGCGCGCUGGGCGGCGCAGCGCCGCGGGCUGGCGCAGCUGUCGCGCGAGGCUGCACGCACUGCGCUGCACUACGCACACCUACACGAAUCGGAAUGUUCAGAGUCGUGCUCACAGUGUAGUUCACAUUCCUGCUCGGAAUCCGAAGAAGAACUGACCAGCUAUUCCACGAAGGGGAAGACCACUCCGCCUCCACUUCCUCGUGUACCCCACCCCUCCCAACCAACCAUUUUACCAGUACCAAUAACUCAAAACGAACCCACAUCCACAUUAAGUAUCAGGCCCAAUUUACACCAAUACCUCGAAAGGGACAAUACAAUAUGGAAUACUGAUCUCAGAGAUGAUACUUAUAUCAAUAGAAAACAGUACGAAACAGAACAAUUCAAGCCAAUCAAAAAUAUUCAAACUGUUAAGUGGCAAAGUGUUGACAAUGUGUUACAGAACUAUAGACAAUCAUUAAACCCAUCAGUUAGUGACUGUAAAACUAGAUCUGUAUUUGAUGUAAUUCCUCGUCUACAUGGAGAUAAAGUGAAUACAACACAUUUCAAGCAUGUUUAUCAAACAAAUGUUAGAGGUAAUGAACCUAACUCCGCCUACCGUUAUCACAAUAGCAUAAACACAAAUACCAAUGGAAGAAUUUACCGUAAUGAUAGCACUUGGACUGGAGGUAAACCGGUGGAGAAGAAUAAAGUCAAGUUUUCAGAUACGGUUACCGUUGCAGUGGUUUCGGAGCCAUCUUCGCCCGACACCGCGCACGAAUUGGCAGACAGCCUCCCAAUAUGCGCGCCUCACAAAUACUUGGCAGCCUUCGCGCCCGCCCCCGCACCCCCUCCACAGCCCCCCACUCCGGUGACGCCCCCCACUCAACCGCCUCCCGCUGAGAACACAGUACAGCAGGCGCCAAAAAUUAAAGUGGUCCAUUUUGGCAUGGUUUAA